CCAAAUAAAUGUAAACGAAGAAGAAGCUACUUCACAUCCAGGUGGAUAGGUUUUGUUUUUAUGUCUACAGAAUGAACAAGUUGAGUAAACCCCAGGAGUUUGACUCGUAUGAAAUUGAGGAACCGAGCGACGAAGAGCGAGCUGAGAGCAGCUCAGAGGACGAGCUGGACGUGCUGCUGAACGGAACCCCGGAGCAGAAGAAGAAGCUGAUACGGGAGUACCUGACAGGGGAGAGCGAGUCAUCCAGUGAGGAUGAGUUUGAAAAAGAGAUGGAGGCCGAACUUAGCUCCACCAUCCGGACCAUGGAGGGAACCUGGGGACCAGCAGCUGAUCCCACAGGUGGAGGAAGUGCUGGAGCUUCCUGCGUUUCCAAACCUCAGAUGUACGAUAAGGUAUACUUUGAUUCUGACUCAGAGGAUGACGACACACCAGGCAGCUCCACAGACCGGCGGCGCAGGCAGCGGAUGGUUCUCAGUAACGAUGAGCUGCUGUACGACCCAGACGAGGACGACAGGGACCAGGCCUGGGUGGACGCAAGGAGGUAUAACGGCAGAAAGCAUCAGAGCACAGCAUCCCGGUCCCUGGCUGGCCAGAACUAUCGCCUUCCCAGCAGUGACGCCGUGUUGAACUGUCCUGCCUGCAUGACCACGCUCUGCCUGGACUGUCAGAGGCAUGAAAAGUACCGCACGCAGUAUCGAGCCAUGUUUGUGAUGAACUGCACAGUGAAGACAGACGAGGUGCUGCGCUACAAAACGCAGCAGGAGAAAAAGCCCAGGAAGAGGAGGAGAGGCCAGACAGCAGAGGCUGCCAGCCCGAGGCCGGCAGGCAUGGACUCUGAUGAGAUCUACCACCCUGUGAAAUGUUCUGAGUGCUCCACAGAGGUGGCUGUGUUUGACAAAGACGAGGUCUACCAUUUCUUUAACAUACUGGCCAGUCACUGCUGAGGUGGACUGAACGGGUUCAAAUCCUGAAUUUCUCUUUUGUCUGUUUUCCAGUUUGUCUGUGGAACCUUGUCCAACAGAAACUGUUUUUACCUGUUUUGACUAAAAUGAUUGUUCUAUUGUCAAUAGCUGGAUUUCCUCUCAACUUUUGAUAAAUCCAGUUUCCUCCAUUAGCCUCAGUUUUCAUAGAGGUUCACCUCAGCCUGUUGUCAGAGAGGCUUGCACAGCCUAAUAAACUACUACUUCACGUCCCAGUCCACUUCUGCUUGGGAAUGCAUUUUAGGUUUAUGCUCUUAGGUCAUAUUGUGAAAUCCACAUAAUUCUCUUUGUUUUCAGCAACUUUUUAAACAACUAAAAGACUUAUAAACAGUUGUAAUUUUAAUAUCUACUUUUUUAACAACUAUCAUCUGCUGCACAGUUCUGAAAGCGUUAAGAUGUUUAGAUGAAGAUGAUUACUUAUUUAUGGUGAAACGUUUAUGGUCACAGGUCAGUAGAAUACAAAAGACAGAGACUUGAUGUUGAGAAGUAAUCCUGUGUUAUUCAUCAGCUGGAUUCAUAUUCCUCAGGAAAAAAAUGAGACAUCAGUUUUGCGGGAUGGACUUUUAUAAUUGUGACAUUUGCUGUGGUGGGUAUAGGCCACAUAGGUGGUCCCAUACAGCAACAGCUGCUACAACUAAAAUAAACAAGUAAUUAAUGGCAGCGUUGCUCAGCUCUGAUUGGUACCGUUUAUUAUGCUCUAUAUUGAAAAAAUAUGUAAAAAAAAAAAUUGAAAAUAUAAUCAAAAACCCCACCCCCUGUUUUUCAUUCUCCUGAAUUUUAAAUCAGUGUCAAUCAAAUGCAGUAAAAGGAAAAAAUAAGCGUACCGUCUUACCAAAA